CUGUUGAAAUCUCCUACCUUAGACAUAGAUAUAAAGUGGGAUGAUGUAAAGAAGAUGACAAGAUCACUGGACAGUAAAAAGGAAGGAAACGUCACAUUUGAAGAUUUCAGACCACUGGCAGUGGAAGCUAUGAAAGUGAUCUAUGGACGGGACCAGCAAGUGAAGAGCCAUUGGGUUGAGCUGGACCUGGGAGAACACACCCUGUAUUUCAACAGAGUUACAGGAGAAGCAAGCUAUAUUAUCCCUGAGGACUAUGUACUGGACCUGCACUUUGCGGAUGACCUGUUUGCCGAUGCUGUACGCGCUGCUCUGGCCAGAGUGGACAGAAGACAUACUGGUCAAGUUGGAGCGAAGGAUUUCUUCACUGUGCUACGUUCUAUUGCAUUCAGUCUCAGACUUACUGACGAAGAUCUCAAGGAAAUUACUAAGGUGUUUGGCUCCAAGCGAGUCAGAGUCAGUCAUGAAGAGUUUAUUCCUGUUGCUAAACAACUGAUCUGUAUGAUCUAUCGAGCCCGUGAAGAAGGAGCGAAUGACUGGUGCAUGAUGUCCAGCCCGAGAGCAGGAAGUUUUUGGUUCAACAAGAAAACUGGACAGGCCAAGAAAACACCCCCUGCCCAUGUUAUACGGGCUCAACAACAACAGCUUGAAGAGAGAGAAAAAGAGAGACAGUUUCUUGCUGCCAAACUAGAGGAACUAAAAGAAUUUACAGAAAAAUAUGAAAAGGAGAAGAAGGACAGAGAGGUAAAGUUUUCUAUGCUUAUUAUGCCAUUUCCAUCCAAACUGAGCAGAAUGUGA